GCCGAGGCCGGGGCCGGGCCGGAGCCAUGAAGGGGAAAGAAGAGAAGGAGGGCGGGGGCGGCGGCGGCGGCGGGGCCCGCUUGGGCUCGGGGGGCGGCGGCACGGGCAGCCCCGAGAAGAGCCCCAGCGCCCAGGAGUUGAAGGAACAGGGGAACCGGCUCUUUGUGGGCCGCAAGUACCCGGAGGCCGCGGCCUGUUACAGCAAGGCCAUCACCCGAAAUCCUCUUGUGGCUGUUUAUUACACCAACCGGGCGCUGUGCUAUUUGAAGAUGCAGCAGCACGACAAAGCACUUGCCGACUGCAAGCAUGCUCUAGAGUUGGACAGCCAGUCAGUGAAGGCCCACUUCUUCCUGGGCCAAUGCCAGUUGGAGAUGGAGAACUAUGACGAGGCCAUUGCCAACCUGCAGAGAGCCUACAAUCUUGCCAAGGAGCAGCGGCUGAACUUUGGGGACGACAUCCCAAGUGCACUGCGCAUUGCCAAGAAGAAACGUUGGAACAGCAUUGAGGAACGGCGUAUUCACCAGGAGAAUGAACUUCAUGCCUACCUCACCAAGCUCAUCAUGGCAGAGAGAGAGAGGGAGCUGGAGGAGUGUCAGCGGAGCCAAGAGGAAGACAGUGGAGAUGAAAGCCGGAACCGUGCCCAGCAGGCCAGCAUCGAAGCCAAACACGAUAAGUAUUUGGCCGAUAUGGACGAACUUUUCUCCCAGGUGGAUGAGAAGAGAAAGAAGCGGGACAUCCCAGACUAUUUGUGUGGGAAGAUCAGUUUUGAACUGAUGAGGGAGCCAUGCAUCACUCCCAGUGGAAUCACAUAUGACCGAAAAGAUAUUGAGGAGCAUCUGCAGCGAGUGGGCCACUUUGACCCUGUGACCAGAAGUCCACUGACCCAGGAGCAACUCAUCCCCAACCUGGCUAUGAAGGAAGUGAUUGAUGCCUUUAUUUCUGAGAAUGGCUGGGUAGAAGAUUACUGAAGCUUAUAGCCUCUUUCCUUGGAGCCCCGCUGCCCCCAGGGCCAACACAUGCCUUACUGUCUGUCUGGUCUGUCUCUUAUCCUAACCUGCCUGCUGGGUACUGAGCCAGCCUCCCAUCUCUGUACUGCCUGUGGAUUGGGGGACCCUGGGAUGCUUUAGGGGCUUGCUGGUUUCUGGAAUUGUAGAGAGUGUUUGCCUCCCAAAGGGUAAGACUAUCCUGGCACUGGCCAGGUUCCUGCUGUGGAGGUUGGCAUGGUUUCUAGCACCUACCUUCCAUUUCCCUUUCCCCAUGUAUAUAAUUUGUGUUCACUCCCUCCUUUCUCAUUUAACAGCCAUUACCUGUUCUGAGCCAUGACCCUGGCCCUGGGGGAGGGCUCUCCCUGGCCCCUCUUACCCUGUUCUGCAGUGUCUGAAGGGGCUGGAGUAGGAAUGGACUGAAAGAAGCUCUAUGGAGGGUAAUAAAAUCUGUGAGCAAUAUGCCUUUGAACUGGUGUGAGCCCUGCAGCUGCGGGGGCCUGGAAAAGAAGAGACAAGGGCCUACAGCCUUCUUUCCUCUCACGCAACACCUUCUGGACAGAUUUUCUUUCUCUUGGUUUGAAACCCCAUGGGACUCAUGCUUACCUUUCCUCUUCCCCCUUCACUUCAUGCUGAUUUGUCUUCCAGCCCUAAGCAAGAGGGCAGAGAGUGGCUGGCACAGAGACACAAGGCAGCAGAGCCAGCAGCAUUACUUCAUUGUAGGGAAAUUGUGGCAAUAAAUUAACAGCACUUGGAGUCAGAGUGGGGCAACAGGGCGGCCUCAGCCUGGAGGAGGCUGUUGCCUCUAGCCCAGAAAUGUGGAGAUGAAGACACUGGUGUCCAGGUUCAGGGUGGCAUGCCACCAACGGUCAGGGAAGUACAGCACCUGGAAAUGGGAUGAAACUUAGCAUAGGCCUUUUCUUCUUCCCACUUACCCAAUAAAGUGAACCCCUCUGACCUCA